CUUGAGACGCUGCUUCAAGUGAGCCAGCCUCAUUUGCGCACACGAGCGCGAGUCAAAAGAAUGCUCGUAAGCCAGGCGCCAAAAGGAGCCGGCGCUGCGCUUUUCAUUUCCUCGCACCACUCUGCAUCUGCACACGAGAAGUGCGGUGAGCUCGUUCGAUUCUGUUCAGUAAAUCGAAGUAGCACUGGUGAAGCUUAUCGAGAGUUUUGCCACCCACCGCAGCAGCAGCAGCGACAACGACGAUGAGGAGGAGUAAUUCUCACUACACCAUGAAAGCUGCAAGAGAGAAAUUCCUCCUCCCCCGACGAUCGAUGAUCAGUCGAGCCGAGGAUAGAGAUCAAUCCACUGCACUUUACCUUUACCUGCAUGAGCUAUUCUGUAUGAACCGGUCUUCAGACUCUUUCGCUAUUUCCAUGCAUGCUAUAUUCAGAUCAGGAAGCUCGCCCCAUUGGACCAGGCGAAAGUUUGGCUCCGUAACUUGAGAUCAUUUCACCUCCCCUCCUCGUCCUCCUCAUGCUCCUCAUCCUCACGACUCACGGGCUUGCCUUCCUUACAACUCAAGCUCAGGCAUCAGCUUGUGUGGGACCAGUAAGAACAUCAAUCAGUCACAUUAGUCAGUCCUUACUCUUCGUCCCUCUGAAGUACUUUGAUACUGAUCAGAUUCUGGAUUCUCAUCUUCCAUGGAUUGCACGCACACCACGACAAGCUGUGCACAGGGUGAGCAACUGUGAAACUGCGUUGACAGAUAGAGAUCAGUCGAUCAUGGGGGAUGGGAUGGCAUCUAAGAGACACAAAAUCAAAGCUUGCGCUAAUCAGAUUCUGGAUUCUCAUCCUCCAUGGAUCGCACAGCACGACAAGAAGUGCACACGGUGAGCGACUGUGGAACUGCGUUGACAGAUAGAGAUCAGUCGAUCAUGGGGAAUGGGAUGUCAUCUGAGAGACACAAAAUCAAAGCUUGCGCUAAUCAGAUUCUGGAUUCUCAUCCUCCAUGGAUUGCACAGCACGACAAGAAGUGCACAGGGUGAGCGACUGUGGAAUUGCGUUGACGGAUAGAGACCAAUUCGGUUCAUGAUGGAGGAUGGGGUCAAGGAAAAUCAAAGUCUCUGUCUUCAGUAUUCCUCCCUCCUCGUGCUUGACCUUACGUGUUGGCACAUGAGAACGACGAGAGCUGCAGCAUUGCAUUCUCGAGGGCUUCUCCAAAAGGAGAGGAGCUUCUAGGUCCAUUUGUUGCCCUCUCGUUGGCCCCGGAGAUGGCUGCAGCUCCUGCUGCUGAGCUUUGCACUCUGUUCUUUCUGCAGCUUUGUGCCUUUGCUAUAUCGCAUGCAAGUCAGUCCCCUGGCGCAUCCUGUCUCCACAUCUGACGGCUUAUUUGACGGCGCUCCAUUCGAGCUUUUUCACCCCUCUAUCCGCAAACCAUCAUCAGAACGAGUCAUCAAAUCAUGAUCGAUCAUGAAGAAGAUGCGGGGGACAACUUUAGCAUCCAUUAGCUUUUCUUGCACCGGUUUGGACAUUCAAGCUCCAACUGCCCAACGCGAGGCCCUGAUGCAUUAUUGUUCUUGCCCACGACGGCCCAUGAAUCUUAUCCUUCACAGAGUUUGGAAUCUAAGCAACAUCGAGUCGUGUUGGGGUUAAUUAUUCUACAAGUCCAUAACUACAUGGAUUUUAGUCAUUGCAAGGUUACAUUACACUAUUUGAAAUAAAUCCACAUUUCAGGAAUGUCGCUUGUUCUUUUUGAAUCAAUAUCACAUCAGGUAUAUGAAACUCCAUGACUACUUUCGAUAAAUGUACGAGUUUAGUCACCAUUUAGAGAUGCAUGGCGUGAUGUGUUACCACUGCUACACGCACACAUUUCACACUUUUGACAUGCUCUUGCGGCAUAAAUAUAUGGUCCGCCAUCCAUCGUCUAUCGUAUGUAUUAAAAUUCGCCAGAGAAAGAGAGAGACGGGCCUUCGAUGUUCAGC